AUGUGUCCAGACUUCACAACAUUGGAGCGACGAUGCACCGAACAGGUGUGUCACUGCGAUUGGCGGCUGACUAUAAGGGAAUGCGAAGAAGCGUAUGCCAUGCGGUAUAUUCACAUUGUCAACAUUGUGGUCUCCGGCUUUGCAACUCUCUUGUGUAUCUUCUCCUUGGCUUAUCGCAUGCUGUACAAGAAGGAAGCGCUCUGGGGCCGUAGACCUGGUACAGGAGCUGGCUUUUUGCGUCCGAAACCAAUCAACACAAUGCUCCUGUUAGGCAUCUUUUUCAAUGGAUUGCGCAUGACGAGCAGCGCGGUGAUUGUCAGCAAUGUCCUCCCAAGCAACUAUGCAAUACGAUUAUUUGUUUUUGAUAUUGCAUGGCAAUUUGGUUAUGGUGCGAUUGUUCUAUACCUGGUGGGGGUGUCUCAAGUUAUAAAGCAGAGCGUUAAUGCUUCGGGGUGGAUGCCUUCCGCACUCUUUGUUGACGUUAUUGGAUGUACUUUGUUCUUGAUCCCUUUCAUUUUCAACAACGUUAUUUCGGUCCUUGCAGGCGUAUUCGCUGACACACAUGUCCGAACAGCUACCAUCCUCAUCCGAACCCUUUACUUUGCUUGGUUCAUUGAAUGCACUGUAUUGAGUGCGCUUAUCGUUUAUGCUGGUGCACGGCUAAUCCGGAUUCUCAAGGAAAAUCAUCGUAAACUCAUGAACGUUAUUGCCGCUGAACACAUGACUGAAAUUCGUGCCGGUGUUGCCAAGAUCCGUGCUCAAGUGAUUAUCCUAUCUGUCGCCCUUGCCUUAUUCGCUAUCGCACUGUGUCUACAAGGCGUGCUUCGCUCAAGGAUUAUGAGCCAUACGACAGGCAAUGUGAUUAUCUCGGUGCCGUGGAUGUAUAUAGGCAGCAUCACUACGUUUGCAUUCUUAUUGGCGAUCCUCAUGAGCCCAACCGAUAUUAUGCAAAACCCUGCAUUUGCAAGCUUGCGAAAAACCUCAAAGGAUUUGAAUACGGCGAGGAACAUGAAUGAUUUGGAAGCACAGCGUCAACAUCAGCCAUCAAGUAGAGAAGAAAGCAGCAUCCUUAGUGGCAUAUCAAAAGCCUUUGACCCUGAUGAAUCUUCAACAACGGUUGAUUUUGAGACGCCAACCAGAGAUCGCAACUCCUUUAUUACAGCCCAUGAUGAUGGAAAGUCUGAAAAGGCUGUUGUUGAACACAUGGAUAUCAACUGA